UAAAGAAAAACUUGAAGUCAACUUUCAACAAACUGAAAUAAAUUAUAAUAAAUAUGUUACCGCAAAACAAUCAAAUUCUAUCUGUUAAAGAAGAAGCAUUGGCAAUGCACCAAGCGGUUCAUGCAAUAGGCGGUGAAGCGAUAAUUGUAACGACACAAGACUUUCGCACUGUUAUUGAUAGCCGAAAUAUAAGCUAUAGCAAGGUUUUACCUAACGGCCAAAAGGUUCAAUUGGAAAAUCAGUUACUUACACCAAAUAUUCAUGUUGGAAAUGCAGUUAAUCCGAACGCACUAUCACAACAGCUUCUUAAUCAUAACUCCAUAAACCCGAAUACAGUACUUAAUGUUACACCAAUCGGUCUUACACAGCUGAAUGCUAUGAAAACAACAAUACCUCAAUUGUUAGGAAAUGCAAACCAGUUAGGAAAUGUUAAAUCAUUGUUCCCUACAAAUUUCUCAAAAGGAACGAAUACAGGAUUUUGAGCUGAAAGCAUACUAGCGUUUUAUCCGUUCCACAAGCCAAUCUUGGAAAUGCACCACUUAACACUUAGCAGACUGACAGCAAACACAAAUUUCCAGUUAACUUCAUGUCGGCAAUAAAAUAGGAAAGACUGAAAGUAGGACGUGAUUCGAAAAUAUGUCAAUGUCAUGUGGAGCGUUUUUCCUUUGAGAAUUAAGUAUGGCCAGUAUACGUGUGCAAAUAGUAUUGCAUGCGAAAUUCAAAAGUUGGAAAAAUAAGAUAAAUUGAAAACAUCCUUUUCAUAUAUUUCAAUAAUAAAAUUAUGCGCGCAUUGUCAGUAGUAUAUUUCUACGAAUUUCGACAGUAGAUACAAAAUAUAGAUAUGCGAUUUCUGCAAAUGAACAGCACUUAAUUGUCUUCUACGGGGCUAAAUAUGUGUGAUUAA